AUGUCUAGUGACAAAAAGCCAUAUGACCUGCGGGACCCGACGCAGAACCCUAAUACCCUCCGCUCUGAUUAUGAUGUGACGACGUUGCAGAACGGCCUAGUUUACUUCCUGACUGCUGUCAUUAAGAACAAGUUCGAGAAGAUCGUUCGGAUCCAGCCCCAACGCGGCGGGUGGGAGAAGUGGUUUCAAGUCGAGCUCUGCCUGCUGAUCAACCACUUCCACGACCGGGACGAUGUACAUCCGGUGAGGUACCAUGCCACGCGCGAGAAGAGAGUCUACGACGAGGACGGAAAAUCCGUGGAUGUCGUCAUCUCCGAGGGUGAAACGCUCGAGAAGAGCAAGCGCACUCAUGUUCUCGAGAUCAAGUGCGGGAAGCAUAAUCAGUCCACCAACGACAUUGCCAAGGACAUUUGGGAAGACUGGGGCAAGCUCGGCGCGAUCACUGGGAACGGGAAUGGGACACUUCAGCCCGGGCUUGCAGCGACCUCCCGUGUGGCUGUCUGUGUGACCGUCAACAGUCUGCCCACCCUCACUGGAGACUGGCACCGCUACACUUUUAAGCGUGAUGUUGACGGAAAGAAUUACCUAGUCCAUCUCCAAUUUCGCUACCUGACCCGAUACUGAUGUCCCGAUGAUCGCAUGAAUAUCCAACCCCCACUCUCUUGCCUUCUCGUCUCGACUCUCCCAAGUACUAGUAGUUGUUUCUCCUAUAGCUGUCAACCUCUCACGCUCUGUGAAUAAGUUAUUGCCG